AAAGAUUGAAUAAAAUAAUAUUAAACCAAAUUUAGAGUGACAACAUUAUUCAUGCUCUAUAAUAGUGCAAGAAUUAGUGUUGUAUUGGAGGAAAAAAAUACCAACUUUUUCUUUUUCCUUUGUGUCAUUUGCAUAUGAUAACUAUUCUUCUUCUUUAGGGAUGAAGUGGCCAUUUUCAUCUAUGGCUAAUAACUUAGCUACUCAAGCUGAAAGCAGAUUUUUUCAGAAUUACAACUCCUCCCCAAUAGUUUCCAGUAAUUCAAAAAGUUCACCCCUAAAGAACUACAAAUUCACCACAAAAGAUUCCAGGAAAAAUUCUGAACACUUGAGGAAACCUGAGUCAACGUUGACCAUAUUGUACAUGGGUGAGGUCCAUAUUUUUCAGGAUAUCACACCAGAAAAGGCUGAAGUAAUAAUGGACUUGGCUUCUAAAUCAACGACUCUCCACAUGACUGAGAUUUCAGAAAUGGCAAAUAAAGAAAAAUAUGAAGAAAAUAAAUCUGAGCCUUCAACACCAAAUGCAUCCACAAAUUAUGCUAAAGGAGCACUGGCUAUGGCUCGUAGAGCAACCCUUGCCCGAUUUUUGGAGAAGAGAAAGCAUAGAUUGAUCACAGCUAGGCCAUACCAAUAUGGUGAAAAAACACCAAAGUUUCCUUUUGAAAUGCACCAAGAAGAAGAAACGGCGUCGUCAAGCUUUCAUUGGGAAAGCUAAUUCAAGACAUAUGGAUUUUUGAAUUCUUAUUCUUUUAAACGAUAUAUAUUGUCUAAUGUAUUUUUGAAUUCUUAUUCUUUUAAACGAUAUAUAUUGUCUAAUGUAUUUUUGAAUUCUUAUUCUUUUAAACGAUAUAUAUUGUCUAAUGUUCAUAGGACUUCUUUAGAAAUAUUAUAAUGUUUUAUACAAGUUGUAUUGGGAAAAAACUGGAUUUAUAUAUUGAAGAUGACGUGUUAUGACA